GUAGAGAUAGCCAGAGAUGGCGAACGAUUCCGACUGUCAAUUAGCGCAGUCACCUCAGAUGACUCUGGUCAGUACCAAUUAGAAGCUGAACAAAAAGGAGUCAAAUGCAUUUCUGUAGCUUCACUAAUUGUAUCAGGAAAUGCAAAUGAGCCACCAGUUACGAAAUUACCAGCAUCCGUAAGUGUUGCGUCUGGGUCAGCAACAAAGCUUGUCCUAGAAAUGUCGAACUCCGAAGGUUAUACCGUGCAAUGGUUCAAAGGAGGCGAAAAAGUAGAGAAGUCUGAGCGGAUGAAAUCCGUUAAAUCUGGAAACUCUUUCAAACUAGACUUCAAAACAGUGGAAGCGAGCGACGAGGGUGUUUACGUAGUGAAAGUUAUCAAGGACAAGAAAGCUGUUGCCAAGUACGCCGCUGCGGUGCAUGUAGAACCAUAA